GUCAGUGUUGAGGGAGAGAGGAGGAAUCGGUCCAGCAUCUCUGGAGCGGCGGCGGAGAGGAGCGCAGGAAAGAGACACACAUCAGCUAAAAUGAGGAGAUUUUAGCCCAAUGUUCUCCACAGUGGAUGUUCAAAGCGUGGAUGUUUAAAAACUGACCCUCACGGUCUGCCGUAGAUCAGCGCGGAGAUCUGACUUCAUUCUAUCAAUGAGAGAUAUGUGGAGUGGCUCUACCGCCCGGUGUUAACGCAGAAAAACACAAGAUGAAGAAGCAGUUCAACCGAAUGAGACAGCUCGCCAACCAAACAGUCGGCAGAGCGGAAAAAACAGAAGUAUUGAGUGAAGACCUACUACAGGUGGAGAAACGUCUGGAGCUGGUCAAGCAGGUUUCCCACAGCACACACAAGAAGUUGACUGCCUGUCUGCAGGGCCAGCAGGGCGUGGAGGUGGAGAAGAAGUCUGUCAGGUCACCUUCGAAGAAGCUUCCUCUAACCACACUAGCACAAUGUAUGGUGGAAGGGGCAGCGGUGCUCGGAGACGAGUCUCUACUGGGGAAGAUGCUAAAGCUCUGCGGCGAGACCCAAGAGAAACUCGCUCACGAGCUCAUCUUGUUCGAGCUGACCAUCGAGAGGGACGUCGUGGAGCCUCUCUACGACCUGGCAGAGGUGGAAAUCCCAAACAUCCAGAAACAAAGGAAACACUUAGCCAAGCUGGUGCUGGACAUGGACUCAGCGCGCACACGGUAUUAUCAGUCCAACAAGUCUUCUGGACUGUCCAGUAACCUGCAGCCAUCAGGAGCCAAGGCCGACCACCACAGGGAGGAGAUGGAGGAGGCAGCCAACCGCAUGGAGAUCUGUCGAGACCAGCUAUCUGCAGACAUGUACAGUUUUGUGGCCAAAGAAAUCGACUAUGCAAGCUACUUCCAGACACUGAUAGAGGUCCAGGCAGAGUACCACAGGAAGUCCUUAGAGCUGCUGCAGAGCGUGCUGCCCCAGAUCAAAGCUCAUCAGGAGACCUGGGUGGAGAAGCCGUGCUACGGGAAAUCAUUAGAGCAGCACUUAGCGCUCAGCGGGAGAGAUAUUGCCUUCCCCAUCGAGGCCUGUGUCACCAUGCUGCUGGAGUGUGGCAUGCAGGAGGAGGGUUUGUUCAGAAUCGCUCCUUCAGCCUCCAAACUGAAGAAACUGAAAGCGUCUCUGGACUGUGGCGUGUUGGAUGUUCAGGAGUACUCUGCAGACCCUCAUGCCAUCGCAGGUGCUUUGAAGUCGUACCUGCGAGAGCUCCCGGAGCCUCUAAUGACAUACGAGCUCUACAACGACUGGAUCCAGGCCUCAAACAUUCAAGAUCAAGACAAGAGACUGCAGGCUCUCCUCAACGCCUGUGAGAAACUCCCUCCGGCCAACAACAACAACUUUAAGUAUUUGAUCAAGUUCCUCUCCAAACUGACUGAAUACCAGGAUCUGAACAAGAUGACGCCUGGAAACAUCGCUAUUGUCCUGGGACCCAACUUGCUGUGGAUGCACGACGAAGGGAGCAUUACUGAGAUGAUGACCGCAGUUUCCCUGCAGAUCGUCGGCAUCAUCGAGCCCAUCAUCCAGCACGCCGACUGGUUCUUCCCUGGAGAAAUUGAGUUCAACGUCACGGGGAACUAUGGAAGCCCGGUCCACACAAACCACAACGCCAACUACAGCUUGAUGCCGUCUCCUGACAUGGAUCAGAUAGAGCGGAAGCAUAACGACCAGAGUCGACGGCCGCUGAGCGUCGCCACUGACAACAUGAUGCUGGAGUUCUAUAAGAAGGAUGGCAUGGGUGUCAGGGUGAUGGACACUACUUGGGUGUCGCGCAGGGGCUCGUCUUCUUCUCGUAAAUGCUCGUCCAUGCCACCGAGCGUGCACCCCCCUGUCGCGCCCACUGACGCUCUCGUCCCCGAGCAGCCUGCUGGGGAUUUCUCUGCCUCCCCCUCCCCCACUCCUCCUCCCACUAACAGCGAUCGAGCCAGCUCGGAUGAUGCAUCCUCCAAUUGGUCGGACUCCGGUUACGCCUACCCCUCCCCUGAGGAGGAGAGGCCGCCUCCCCCUUACCCCUCUUCCUCAUCCUCCUCCUCAUCCUCCUCUUGCUCUUCAUUCUCGCUCCCUCACCACCAUCACUUCACCCGUGCACCUCCGGGUAUGCGUCCCGUCGCUCCUAAUCCCGACUCCGUGCCCCCCGGACCGUCACCUCCCUCCCGCCGCUGUGGCUACAGCCCGCCCCCGCUCCCGCUCCCCCACUCCCUCAGCCCGUCCCCCCAGCCGCUUGACGUCAACUCCAACCCCAAACCCAGUUCCUUGCACUUGCCCAAACAGGGGUCCCUGUCCGAUGCUUCGCAUGCGGCCCCGUCUGAAGCGAACGGCUCUACCCUUUACAUCAAACCCCCGCUCGUUCUUACUCGUCAAGAUCUUUUCCUUGGCUCCCCCAAACCCCCCAACACCCCACUCUCUGCUCCCCCUCCAUGGGCAGCCUGUGCCUGUAGCCGAGAGAGAGGAGCCAAGCUGACUAGUACUCUGAAGAACAAGGAGCUGUCUCCAGUGAUUGGACAGAAGGGACUGCAGGGACUGCAGGGGACGAUGACCUCUAGUGGAUCUGAUCACAGCCCUCACACCCUGAGGAGAGCAAAGAAGCUGGCCCCAAUCCCACCCAAAGUCCCGUACUGCCAGUCAGGUGCCAUGUCGGACCAGUCCACAGGUCAGCCGUCCCCUGUCAGCCUGUCGCCCACCCCCCCCAGCACCCCCUCCCCAUACAGCUUCAGCUACCCUCAGGGAUAUGCCACCAUCGGCUCCCCAGGACAGAUCCAGCUGGCCACCACCCCGUCUCUCUCUUCUCCACCCUCACUGGCCGGGACGCUCACCAAGGCCAGGCCCACCCCCAAGCCGCCCCGGCAGAGACCCAGCUUACCCCCCCCUCAGCCCCCCAGCACGCCUGGCACAAGCCCUCAGCCACUGGAUCAUUCAUCGGACCUCCUGGAUGGUUUGUCUCCUGGGGAGAGCAUGUCCACAGAUUCUCUCUGCAACUUGGACUUCCCCAUCAUCGACGUGGAACUGAACUGUAUUUUUGACUUGCCCCACAUCUCCCCCUUCAGGAACUCGAUGGCACUGCGUGAACCGACGGGCUACAGAGCCGAGUCAGAGGAAGAGCCUGAGAGCACAGUGCUAUGACGCCACUGAGUCCCCCGCCCUCCCCUGGCACACACUCAUACAUUGACCUUUUCACUUCUCCCGCUGGAUUACAUACAGCCUCGCUCUGGAUCUGAUCGUCACGCCUCACCUGUACUCCAGAGGGUGAAAACUGAGAAAAUAACAUAAGAAAUCCGGAUCACACGAGGCAAUGGCGACGAUGUUGUCAGGGGACUUUUAAUCAGACACAUACUUUGACAUUUUAUGUUUACUGUUGUUGUUUUUAUUUUAAUGUUUUAUGUUUCUUUUGCCUUAUUUGAUUCACUUGCAAUAUUGCCUUUAACUUCACACACGAGACUGGAAAAGGCAUUACGUGUUAACACAAUAUGUAACAACUAGACAAAACUUUUCAUCUAGACAGAAUGUAACACAUUUUCACUUCAUUUUGUAAUAAUCUGUCACAUUUUGCAGUGAACAGCCUGAACACAAUAUGUAUUUGAUUUUCAUGCAUUUUGUUACAAAUUAUUUCAUAUUGCAGCGGUUAAUGCAACAUUCAGGAAUUUAACUUUUUUUCCACAAAUAUAUUUAAUACAUUAUGUAGAACAAACCUAAAUGAAUGUCUUCAUUCAUACAGUUCUUAUAACAUUAUGAUAACAAUGUUUAUUUAAUGCAUACUGACGUAAUCACAUAGAUACAAUUAGUCUAGUAGAUUAUAUUUCAACUGCAAAUGUAAUUUUAGCCUUCUUCAAAAAAUAACAGAUGAAGACUUUAUUGGUUAUUAUAAAAUGUAUCUAUUACAUUUUCAUAAAUAAAAUAGCUUAAUCCUGCAUUUUGCAAGUACCACUUUAGUAUCUAAUAAUUUACACCAAAAUGCAGGGAAACGUUUUACAUUUUGCAUUUAAACUGUAGUCUUUACAAUUCCUGCUGUUAUUACAUCAAGUGGAAAUGUGCUACAUGUUCUGGAGUUAUUACAUAAUGUGCUGGGAGGAAUGAGUGCGCUCUGCUGCUGCUUCUCCUGAGUGAAUUUAAGAAGUACUGUCCAUCUGUCCUCCACAACACUUGUUUCCCAUCUCACGUUCCUCUUCAUCCCUCAGGGGUAUCAGUUGAAAUGCCUCGCUCCGGCCUGUGGUGGCAACAACCCUGAAUAUGUGUCCCGCCUGAGCGUUCACUGUGAGUGUGCCAGUGUGUCGUUUUGGAAAGUGUGUGUGUGUGUGUGUGUGUGUGUGUGUGUGUGUGUGUGUGUGUGUGUGUGUGUGUGUGUGUGUGUGUGUGUGUGUGUGUGUGUGUGUGUGUGUGUGUUUAUAUGUGUUGUACUAUCUGAUGUUGCACUGUUGUUGUCGUAGCGCUUAAACAGGAAUGCAUGUUUUAGAGAUUUAGGAAAACACGACCAGGUUGCAAAGAGGUAAAAGAAAAACAAUCACACUCUCAUCUGUAUUUACAUCAAUCAGGAUAUCAAUCACUGAAUAUUUAUUGUUUAUAUUGUACAUUUUCAGAAUAUAUGAUACAAUUAAGGUUUUAAAUCAGAUCAAAUCAUAUUUUGUAUCCAAAGGAGAGCUAUAAUGAUACCAUUUCCUCCAGAUAGCAUACAGUAGAUGCUGUCAGAACUCUGUUAAACAUAUGAGGUACAUACAGGUACAAAUAGAAAGGGUUGGGAAAGGAAAAACUCCCUGUGAUAAGUAAUGUGUAAUUUCCAGUUUGAAGAAUGUGGAGCAGGAUCCACAGAGAGUCCGUGAUGCCUGUAGUGUGCCACCAGGACACUUGCUGAAAUGAAUCUUUGUGAAGCUGUUAGCAGCUGUUAUGUAUUGGCAGGACUGCGGAACCUGCUCUGCGGGAUGGACUUCCUCUGAAGGUGUCCUGUGGAGUUUUCUCGUAAAAGAACAGAAGUUAUGCUCAAAUUUAGUGUCUCUCCGCACACACAAGCAAAGCAGUUGAAAGCAUAUCCUUCCUUUAUAAGAAUGCGAUGUCUACGUCCUUCCCUCCUCUAUUUCUCUGCUUCUGAGGGCUUAUUGCUGUGCUUCCUUGCACAUUUCUAUCACCAAAUUAGUAGAACUGCACGAGAUCGGCAGCAGGCUCACAUUUGAUUCCCACCUUCAUUGAAUAAGUUGUGCCAAUAAGGGCUGAAACUGCAAUUUGGACUUACAGUAAAUAUCCAAAAUGCAUCAGACGCAAUAUUUGUUGUUGUAUGUGUCAAAUACUAUCCUUAACAUGUCACUGUAUUGUGGUGCUGCAGAGAUGUCCUGGCAUACAAAACGUAUUCUAAAGAUAUUGUUAUUGGAACAUCUUUGUAUGGUGCAGAUCCUAGCAAAAAAUCCCAAUGAUUUAGGUAUUGAAAAACAAAAUGUAUUUCCCUCCAAUAUAGUGAAUAAUGGCACACUUCAGGCUCCGUUUGUGACGACAAACCUCGACACAAUCCUCCCGGCAAGGUGUUGUUCAGUUGAGCGUGAUAAGAUUUCCUCCUCCUGCCCUGAGGUGUAAUAACAUCCUAUCAUAUCACAACUGCAAACAGUCCUACUGCCAGGAGAAAAGGUGCUAUUUUCAUCAACUGCAGCCUCGGUGGCAAAAACAAGCACACCUUUCUCUCUGGCAGCCAUCUCCCCAAAACCCUGUCUGAUGAUGCUGGUAUUUUUGGUCCAUAUAAGUGAACCAUAGGCGAGAGCAAAAAUGUGUGUAUAUGUGUUUAUUUUAAUGAGAGUAUUUAUACAGAUAUAUUUCUGAAUACUUUUUACUAGGUCUGAAGAGUUGUGAUUGUUUCCACUACACAUGAAUCUCAUCUGAAAAAAACACGGGACCAGAAUUUCCCUGCUGUCGCAUCGAAACCUUUUCAGGAAGCAGAAAACUUGAAAAUCAAUAAAACUGGAGUAACAAGGUUUGCAUUCGACAGCAGCAGUUUGUUAUUUGCCUUGUGGUGGGCUUCAUUAUGACCCAUCCAGAUUUGACUUUCCAUAAUGUCCUGAGAAACAUCCUCCAUACAUGGCCUCAAAGUCACUGUGCUGCUCUGCCACCCUCUAUCUUUAAAAUAUCACUUACAGGACUUUUGUAAAUAGUGAGCCGCUGUACAUACCAGUUCUGUAUAUAGUGGCAGGGGAGAAAUUCAAAUAUAUAUAUAUAUAUAUAUAUAUAUAUAUAGAUAGAUAGAUAGGUAUAUAUAUAUAGAUAUAUGAAAAUACUGCAUUGAAAAAUAUAAAUGACGAUGAGCAUUAUAUUAUAAAGUCGCUGGUUCUAGCACAAUAUCACCACAUUCACACAAAAAAAUCCUUUACUGACAUAGGCUCAAGGUUAAAUCUAGUUUUCGAUUUACUAAAUAAAACCUGCUGAUAGUGCUUAUGUUGCAGAUAAGAAUUAACCUCUUGAACCCUAAUUUUAGCUUUGCAGUUUAGUAAUAUUGCAUUUUUGUAUGGUAUAAGCUUGUUCCAACACGUCUUUGCAUCUUAGUGAUGCUACAUUACAUCAAGUGGAGAAUUCAAGAUGUUCCAGCAAUGCAACCCAGCUAAUUUGAUAUUUCUGGAAAUGUUGGGAUCUUGUUUAAGAUUUAAAAUAACUUUCUGUGGGCUUGCACAGAGCGGGUCCGAACAACCUGCAGCUGUAACACAGGGUUUAAGAGGUUAAAAGGGACUCUGCGUGAAACUGUUGCACCAUUGUCUUUAGUUUGACAGCGUAUUGUCCUCUAUAGAUAUGUGAUAGAUGUAAAAAAAAAAAGAAAAGAAAUUAUAACAUGCAAAAAAAAAAUCCCAGGCACAGAAACAACAGGAUAUUUAAGGGCUUUGAAUAACACAUAUUUAUUUAUGAAAAAAUGUCUGGCACUUCAGCUCUAACCAGUUAACAAAAAGGUUUCUUAGGAAUAAUCUGUCAAUCAAAAACUCUACCUAAAGUUUUAGCUGUGCUACAAUUCACACCAAUGAUUCAAUCCGACCCUCCAGCUGAGUUUAAAUCAAAACAGCAUGAAAUUCUAUCACCAGUAUUUAUAUGCUGAACAUAAAGGAUUUAAAAAACAUCUUAUUUAUGAAGUAGUGUUGCAAUUUGGCUGUGCUGAAGUGAAUGGUCUGUCCUGUCUUUGUCUGGAGUUCUGUGUUACAAUGUGCUGCUCUUCGUUUUGUACUAAAGGGUUUCAGAUUAAGGCUUGUACAUACAGUAUUCAUCAAACACAACUUUAUUAACAAUAACCCUGUCGAGCAAGAGACAGCCGGGAAACAGUUUCCAGUAUUACAGCUUUUGCAAGCAUGCCCUUUGAGCACUACAAAUACGAAAGGCCUUUUUUUACAUGAAUAGGUGGAAUGUAUUGGUGAUAGACGAUGUUCACCUCAUAGUUUGUGAUAAAGGCGGACUGUUUGUGUUGUGGACAUAUUUUCAAGUAAAAGAGGGUGGUGGGGUAUUUGAUAAAAAGUGUCAGUUUUGGGUCGGGAGGUGUGGGUGGGCGUUUGAUUCGACAUCGUCCUGUGUGAAACUCGGCAGCAUGCUUUUUUAAACCAUGCCUACGAAAUGUGUCUCAUCUUUGGUCCUAUAUAAAUGUGCUUGUAUUUAUUUUUUAUAAGUGAAUAGAUCAACCUUUAUAAAAGAAGAAGAUGAAUUUAGUGCUGCCCUUUGACCUUUUUUAGUCAAACUUUCCACCCUUUUGUUCCGAAACAAUCAUGAUUUACUGUUUCCCCCAUUUUUGUCUAUAGCAAAUAAGAAAAGCACAUCUGGCUCAGAACAGAGAUCACUGUCAGGAAAUCAAUCUGUCGUUAUGUUUGUGCCCAGAUUACUGCGCUCUCAAAGGAAUACAAUCUUUAGAAAAGCUCCAGAAAUCAUAUAGCGAGCAAGAUGAAAACAUGCUGCAUUUGUUUUAACUCAAAGUAUUUGUAGAUUACACUGUGGUGCAUGCAGCCAUUGCAAAAAUUCAUCUCGAAGUCUUCUUUUCUUCCCUUGUUUUUGCUUUAUGUUCCAACUAAUGGGGGCCAAAAUAAAAAGGGAACACAUGAGUGAUCAAGGAAUCUUUUGAGACUUAAAAAAUCUUUGUGUGAAACUGUAGUGACGCUGUGGACUCUUUCAAGUUUUUGGAUUAAAGAGGAAAUGCCUUUUUUCUUGGUCAUGCUAUCUCCCGGUCACCAAGUGGAGUGUAAAGUAAGAUAGAUAAAAAUUAACCUCAUCCGAAUGUUGAAACUAUUAAAAAAUGUUUUUAUAUUA